AUGUCUCUACCAAUGAGCCAACUCGGUUCCAGGCCAACUUUUAUCGGCCAACGCUUCUUUCUUCUAACACCGAGACACUUGGGUUACCCACAUAUGCUCCAUCAGAAGGUCCGACUUGCGUCGUCACAACCAGACAAAACUCAAUUUUCUGCGCCUUCGCGUCCUCGUCCGAUUCACCCUCGACCAACUUCGGGACGAGACCUUCCACCAUCGAACAAAAGUCGAGCCGCUUGGCUAUUCGCGGCCGCGCUCCUCGGCUUUUCUGGUUGGGGAGCAUUUCUACUGUAUGCAACGAACUUAGAGCGGCUUUCUUCGUCUGUCACCCGUCAGGUCAUCUCGAAUCUCAAGCAAAACUCGGACGUCCAGCGCGCUCUUGGAGCUCCCAUUCGACUACCCAGCGCCAUGUUUCUUAGCGACCCAUGGAUAUCCGGGGCCGUUAAUAUGCCGGCUGGUCACGUCGACUUGAGUUUUCGAAUCCAAGGGUCACGGAAGGGAGGAACGGUAUAUUUUACAAGCGUCAGGAAAGAAAAAGGGGUGCCUUUUACUAUUUUGCGAUUCAAGGUGAUCACCGAUGACGGUGAGACGAUAUCCCUGACGCAUGAGCCACUUGGGCAGCCAUAA